GACCCACUGUUUAAUAUUCAUUGAAACACGUUCGGGCAUAAUAAAUACCCAAAUGAGAUUUAUUUGAUACACACCCAAUUUAUACAUUAGCGAAUUCAAUUUGUGGCCACAAAGUGAAUUGUGAAUGUGAAAUGACAGAUCAAAUUUUGUAGGCUAAUCUGCAGGGUCAUUUAGCGUCAGGCCGUAAUUUAAUUUCGAUGAGUUGAAAAUGUAACAAUUACGUAUGGGUAAUUAGGUUUGUCCGCUUUUGUGCAGGGGACUUUAAAGGUUGCACUGCCCAUGGGCUUGUAAGCUCAUCGCCGUUGGCUGGGCAAAUGUUUAUUCCUGGGAUUGAGGUCAAAAACAUUUAACCAGGUGCAUCUGGUCAAAUACAUUUGUAGUUAUGUAUGGUGUUACCCAAGAGCCUAUAAAUUCGAUUUGAACGAUCAGAUCGUCAUCUUCCUCGCUUCAAUUAGCAACCAUGGAUAUCUCAGUGCUGUGGCUUUAUAUGCUCCUCGUGUCCGUACUGGUCAUCAUCUUGGUACCCACUGCCGAGUCCACCUUUCUUCUAUGGGCUUGCUUAUACCGUCUGGAGAUCUGUCCUUUUAAGACCACCACCACUGCGGCCCGCUAAUUUGUAUUUCAAUAUCGUUAAACAUCCACUGUUAAAUUAACCCAUAGCUAAACUUACACUGCCACAAAUAAAUAGAAGCCCUCUUCGAA